AAACAAAUUAAGCAUUGCAUCAGUCGAACAACAUACUUUGUUCAAUAAUAAUUAUCGUUGAAGUUUUACAGAGACAAUCAUAAAAGCAAAUAAUCAUGACAGACAAAAGCAACAUUUUGUACUUGUUCGAUCGUCCCAGUGAACCCAUAUUCAUCGGUAAAGGCGAUGAAAAUGUAUCAUUUGAUGUACCAGCAGAAUAUUUGACUGAUCGAUACAAGCCAUUGGCAUCUGACAUUCAAAAUCGUUUUUCUGGUGGAAAAACUAUCUCAAUUACUAAGUUGGACCGUAUCCCCGACCUGUCAUUUCCACUACAACUUCCCAGGGAUGCGUCAUUUUCUCUUUUUAUUCCGUUUCACUCUAAAAUGGCUUCAAAAUUGAUUGAAAUUUUUAUGGAUACCAAAUCUUUCGAAGAAUUACUGUCAUUAGCCGUGUACUGUCGCGAUAGAAUGAAUCCGUACAUGUUUAUUUAUGCAUUAUCUGUAGUCGUGACACAUAGACCCGACACCCGUAAUUUGGAGCUGCCAUCGCACGCAGAAAUGUUUCCAAGUUUAUACAUGGAUUCGACAGUUUUUAGCCGUGCCAGAGAAGAAUCGGCAGUGGUUCAAACAGGUUCGAGGACCCCAAUUGAAAUACCCCACGAUUAUUCUGCCAACGAUUUGGACUUCGAGCACAGAAUCAGCUACUUCCGCGAAGACAUCGGUAUUAAUCUGCACCAUUGGCAUUGGCAUUUGGUUUAUCCAUUCGAUGGACCUAUGAGUAUUGUAAAUAAAGACAGACGCGGUGAACUAUUUUAUUACAUGCACCAACAGAUUAUAGCCAGGUACAAUAUGGAACGACUGAGCAACGAUAUGAAUAGAGUGGUUCGUUUGACAAAUUGGCGUGACCCGAUCACGGAGGGUUAUUUCCCGAAAUUAGACAACAUUUUGGCCAACCGUGUAUGGCCACCGAGACCAGUCAACGCCAGAUUUUCUAAUAUUAACAGAGAAGUAGAACAGAUAUCGUUUGACAUCGAAGAUCUUGAACGCUGGAGAGACCGUAUAUUCAACGCUAUACAUUCUGGAUUUAUUAUUAAUACGGCUGGUCAACAAGUUCGUUUAACUGAAGCUGACGGAAUUAACAUUUUGGGAAAUCUCAUUGAAGCUAGUAUAUUAAGUCUAAAUCCAAAUUUGUACGGAUCUCUUCACAACAAUGGUCACAACGCAAUCUCAUUUAUCCACGAUCCUGAUAACAGAUUUUUGGAAAACUACGGUGUAAUGGGCGACUCUGCCACUGCCAUGCGUGAUCCUGUAUUUUACCGUUGGCAUGCAUAUAUUGACGAUAUAUUCCAAGAAUUUAAAGCUACUAUACCAAGUUACAGUACUCAAAGCUUGGGUUUCGAAAACGUAAGAGUACAAAGCAUAGAAGUAUCGGCCACUGGAAUACCACGCAAUGAGUUUUCGACAUUCUGGCAACAAAGUGAUGUUGACUUGUCUAGGGGUUUGGACUUUUUGCCACGUGGUUCUGUAUUUGCUCGGUUUACUCAUUUACAACACGCACCAUUCAAUUACAAAAUUGCCGUUGAAAAUAAUGGAAACCAGCGAGUUGGAACAGUUCGCAUCUUUAUCGCUCCUAGAUUUGAUGAACGAGGUUUACCAUUUUUAUUUAGGGAACAGAGAAAACUUUUUGUGGAGCUUGAUAAAUUUAGCGUAACACUUAAGAGAGGAAAAAAUGAUAUUACUCGACGAUCUAUUGAAUCAUCAGUGACUAUUCCACAUGAAGUAACUUAUCGAAACUUAGAUAGAAACAGACCAUCCGCGGGCAAUACAGAAGCAUCAGCAGCUUUUAAUUUCUGUGGUUGUGGGUGGCCACAAAACAUGUUAAUACCCAAAGGGUCAUUUGAAGGAUACCAGUGUCAAUUGUUUGUCAUGGUAUCUAAUGGCGCUAACGAUCAGGUGGAGAGCGCCCAAGACAGUCAAACAUGUGACAAUGCUUCCAGCUAUUGUGGUAUCCGCAACUCGCGUUAUCCAGAUGCUAGAUCAAUGGGCUAUCCGUUUGAUCGCACACCUAGAGACGGAGUGGUCACUCUUCAACAGUUUUUGACGCCGAACAUGGCUGUACAGGAUGUGCGUAUACGUUUCGCGAAUCGCACGGUGGCACCAUUACAAAACAGAGUAGGAAGUCAACAGGCUCAACCUCCAAAAACUCAACCAUCAAAACCGGCAUCUGGUGCCAAUUGGAACUAGUGACAUUCGGAAAACGUAAUAUUUGUCAAGAAUUACAUUGGGAAAAUAUGAUUCAAGUUUAUUCAAUAAUUUAAGUUAAUAUUAUUAUUUAUAUAUUUAUCACAUUUUAAAAUUAUAUUGCUUUAUGAAAAAUUAUAAAAUAAAAUAAUUUUUGCUUUA